AUGUACCACGCAACGCCAGCCGAGAGUGAGAUCCUGGACUUCAGCGUUGGCGCGAUUGACCCAACCGACGUGUGUCCCGACGACAUUGGCAGCGACAAGCUGAAGCGCAAGUGGCUGGACGACCGGCUGGCGCGCGCACUGAGCUUCAAGCCCAAGUACGACCCGCGGACAAUGGCCAAGUACGAAUGUGCGAGCUGCCGCCAGCUGCGUCUCUACAAGCUUCUGCACGCGCUGCGCGCCGAGGACAAAUUCGGCAUCUUUAGCGAGCCCGUGACGGUCGAGAUCGCGCCAACGUACUUUGACAUCAUCAAGUCGCCGAUGGACCUUGGCACGAUGGCGCGGCAACUGAAGGAGCGCGCGUAUGUUCAUGGCCUCGGCGCAGACUUUCGGGACCACUUUGAGCUCUUGUGCUUGAACGCGGUGACGUUCAACUCGAAGGAACGCGAUUACCUCGUGUGGCGCGAGGCGUGGCGCUUCUACAACGCCGGUGCCCGCCUCCUGCGGCAGCUGUUGCCGUCGGUGCUCCUCGUUCCAAAUGGCAAGUACUCGGAGAGCAUCGCUGCCGCAGCCAAGCGUCAGUUGCCCAAUAAUUCGACGCUUGUGACAAAAGACGAGAGCGUGCCCGCGUCCGUGGGUGGUGCUGGCCCGACGCUUGCCAACGCCAUGCUGGCCAAGACGAAAACGGACGAUGGUCUCGGUACGCCCAUAGACUCCCCACUGCAUGUGCCGUCGCCCUCGAUCGGAUCCGAAGAAGAAGUGGACGUUGCGGCGUCGGGGCCGGCGACGGACGUCGGUCGCCCGGACGUCUUCAAGCUCCCGACCGAGCUCGGCAUUGUGCCCAAGCCGUACUCGUGCGUGGCCAGCGUCGUCGCGACGCAGUCUUUGGCACAAGCGCACGUUUUGGCGUGGCGCGAUGCUUGCGCCGUCUGCUGCAGUACGGGCGUGCCCGAGAAGUUUGUCUUUUGCAUCGACUGCGGCGAGGCGUACCACCAGUUUUGCCUCCACCCGCCGCUGGACGUGUCGAACAACCCUGCCAAGCAAACCAAGCUGCAGGCGUUCUGGCGCUGCCCCAACUGCAAGGUAUGCGAGCUCUGUGGCACCAACAAGGACGAAGCCAAGCUCUUGGUCUGCGAUGUUUGCGAGCGUGGUUGUCACACGUUCUGCCUUCGCCCAAAAUUGCGCGAUGUGCCAUCGACGGGCUUUGUGUGCGGCAACUGCAUCGAGUGCGAGACGUGCGACGAGAUCCAGGACAGCGCGUCGUGGAGCGCAAGCGUCUCGUGCUGCAUCGGCUGCAUGGAUGACUCUGCCCGCGACUCGUUGCUCGGUGCGCCGCGCAAGCCCCGCUCGCGCGGCGGCAACGAUAACAACACUUGUCCCGGGUGCCAAAAGCGCUGGUCCGAGUCGGAGACGCUUAUACAGUGCGAUGGCUGCCAGUCGUGGGGGCAUCCUGCAUGCGACAACAUCACAGAAGAGACGCUUGCGUCGCUCACAGACGAGAGUGAGUACUACUGUCCUCACUGCCGCAAGAAGCAGCGAAAGCACCUCAAGGCCUUCCGGCAAGCGUGGGGCCUCCAGCUCAACAUUGCGCUCAUCCAAGAAAAGCGGCAGGAGGUUACGCUAGCGUGGGAGUCGCAGCAAUCGCUGCGUCAGACGUUGCGGCAGUACGACCACUGGCGCAACUACGCGCCGCUGUACCUUUACAUCUUGCGCUGCGGUGAAGAGUGCUUGAAAGCGCUCUCAGGGCGUCGCAUCUCAUUCCUUGUCGAGCCACCGUCUACGGGUUUCUCCGAAAGCAUGAUCCCGAUUGCGCUGCGGCAAGCUGCUAGCCGCUACAUCCGCUUCAAGCGCUACUCUCGGGGUCCCCGUGCUGCUGCGCGUCGAGAGCUGCGCAAGAAGCAGCAAUUCUUCACGGUGGACGGUGUCGCGUCAACGCCGUCGGCGAUCGCGCACAUUGUGUCGGAAGCAGUCGGUGCCGCAUCCUUCUUGGCCUGCUGCACGUGGCUCUAUGGCACGAAGCGCGUGAGCCUCUUCACGGCCGGACUCCUCGCGAGCCACGACAUUCCAGCGCGGCUCUCGGAUGCGCUCGUCGAUCGCAGCGCUGUUUCGAUUGAUGCCGAGGUCGCCGCCAUCACCAACGAGUAUGCACGCCGGAAGCAGCAUACCACCAAGCCACAGGUCGAUGAGGUGCUACCACUACCUGACGCGCCCGUGUCGCCGAGCGCAAUCGAGAUUCCAGACGACGGCGACACGGGCAGUGACGCGUCAGCCGAGAUCGAAACCAAGGUCGCGGUUGCUGAUAUUGCGCCCAAGCUGGUGCGCGUGCCUGAGGCGCCCGUGCACACGGCACUUGCGAACAUGACGUUUGCGCCACCACUGCGCGACUGGGGCGACUGGUCGGCGACGCUCGGGGCUUUUUCGGACCCGCGCGUGUGCGGCUUGUGCCGUGAGUCUGGAGACGACCCAUCGUUUGCAGGACGCCUCGUGUUUGCGGAUUUCGACCAGUGGGUGCACGUCAACUGCAUCUCGUGGUCGUCCGAGGUCUACGAAGACAGCUACGGCGUGCUCAAGAUGUGCCAGAAAGCCCGAUUCCGCGGCCGCACGUACCGUUGCGCAGUGUGCGCGCUGAGCGGCGCAACAGUUGGCUGCCAUGGACUCCGGUGUCAGCUCAAUUAUCAUCUGCAUUGCGCGACGCCGCACCUGACGUUCACGACGGAAAACCAAGCGUUCUGCGCUGACCACUGGCGCGUUCACGUCCAAAAGACACACAGCAAAAAGCGCAAGCGUGACGAUGACGUCGCGGCGCGCAAGAAGCUCAAGACGGCAACCACCAGCUACGAAGCAACGGACGGGGAAUCCGUGCCGGCAUGUGACGUGGCGGCGUGCUUGAAUGACCUCGUCGAUCACGUUGUGGCAACGGCAACGCUCGAGACGCCGACGCCAGGCGUGGAGCCGCUUCGGUUUCUCAUGUGCGAGCAGGAAGCAACGAGUGGCAAGUCCAAGAAGCUCAGCAAGACGCAACUGGCCAAGGGCGUCUGCUACCGCAUCGGCGCGCUCACCGUUCAUGCGCUCGGUGCAAUCGAGGUCGACAACAACUCGUGUCAUACUGUCUCAACUUUGUACCCGAUUGGGUACCGGAGCACACGCAUCUUCUGGAGUGCCGUGACGGUCCAAACGCGCUGUCUCUACGAGUGUGAGAUCCUGCUGUCGCCGACCAAGACACCGCUCUUCCGCAUCACACCGUCCGACGACAGCGCCAACCCGAUCUUUGGUGUCUCGCCCAACGACGCGAUGAACCAACUCCGAAUUCGUCUGCUGGCGCUGUACGAGACGCACCGCGUCUUUAGCGCCGGUUGGAACCCGUUCCUUCGGCGGACAUCGUGGUUUUCGUACGGCCUCGUUGGCGACCACUUUUUUGGCCUCACCGUGCCCGUUGUCGGCGCGGCCUUGGAGGCAUUGCCGAUGGCGCCGACCUGCGCCCUCUACAACCCGGUGGCCAACCCGCAUCCGUACGUGUUUUGCCACGUGCUGCCGUCCGAGGCCACGUUUGACGAGGUGCGAACGGAAUUCAAGCGGUUGCGCUCGAUGCGCGAGCAUGCCAAGCAGUCGUCGGGCAGCAUCCGCACGGACGGGUACCACGGGUGGCAGCAGUCGAAAGCGAUCAAGCCCUCGACCAAGAAGAGUCGGAAAGUUGGGCUCUCGAAGCACGCAGACGAGCCGAUCGCUGGCAAUAGCAACAACGCCAACAAGCCGAGCGUCGACUUGGAGCAGCUUCCGAUUGCUAUGCAGUACCGUGAGCUCCGGAAGCGACCCUUUGAUGAGCGCCUCGAGGUGCGCAAGUCGCGCAUCCACGGCUACGGGCUCUUCGUCAAGGAAAAGAUCGCCGAAGGCAAGAUGAUAGUCGAGUACCAAGGCCAAGCCAUCCGGCAAAAGGUCGCCGACUGCCGUGAGAAGAGAUACGAGGAGAUGGGCAUCGGGAGCUGCUACAUGUUUCGGCUCGACGCCGACACGAUCGUCGACGCGACGCGCACAGGCAACCUCGCGCGCUUUAUCAACCACUCUUGCAACCCCAAGGCGAACGCGCGCAUCAUCACGAUCGACGGAAACGAGAAGAAGAUCAUCAUCUUCGCCAAGCAGACACUCAACGUCGGCGACGAGGUCACGUACGACUACAAGUUCCCGAUCGAGGACGAAGCGAUCAAGUGCGACUGCGGUGCCGUCAACUGCAUCGGCCGCAUGAACUAG